AUGGCCCAGUCCCUGUGUCCGCCGCUCCCCGAGCCCUGGCUCCUCUCCGCCUGCUGGGGCCCGGCUCGGCAUCCGGACGGCGGCUGCUCCCCCGCCUCGUCCCCCGACUCCUGGGGCAGCGUCCCGGCCGGCAGCCCCGAGCCGAGCCCCGUGCGGCCCGGCGGCCCCGCGGCCCCGCGAGCCCGCAGCGCCGGGAGGCGCGGAGCCCGCGGCAGCCGCCUGGGGUCCGGCCAGCGGCAGAGCGCCAGCGAGCGCGAGAAGCUGCGCAUGCGCACGCUCGCCCGCGCCCUGCACGAGCUGCGCCGCUUUCUGCCGCCGUCCGUGGCGCCCGCCGGCCAGAGCCUCACCAAGAUCGAGACGCUGCGCCUGGCCAUCCGCUACAUCGGCCACCUGUCGGCCGUGCUGGGCCUCAGCGAGGAGAGCCUGCAGCGCCGGCGGCGGCGGCGCGGCGACGCGGCGGCGCCUCCGUGCUGCCAGCUCUGCCCCGACGAGACGCCGGUGCAGGUGCAGGUGCAGGCGCGCGCCCCGGGGGGCCUGGGCUCCGCGGUGCCCUGGGGGUCCCCGCCGGCCCGUCCCGGAGCGCUAGCAGCGCCCGAUCCGCCAGACCCACCGGUGCUUUAUGAGGAGGCGGCGUUUUCGGAAUCGCAGGCAGUGGAGCCGGGCCCGUCGUCUCCGCUCUUUCCCGGCGACGUGCUGGCCCUGUUGGAGACCUGGAUGCCCCUUUCGCCCCUGGAGUGGCCGCCGGCCUGAACAGAUGAAGUGACAACGUACAACUGGAGCCCUGUGACCAUCGAGGCAUUUUUGUCCUGAGCACCUUCAAAACGGCGCCCCCCCCCGACAGACUCCCUUUCCUAGGAGGGGGCACUUGUGAUACCGGCAUGGACAUUCCUGAGAGUGAGAACCUGUCCCCACCCAGGACGCCUCUCCCCAGCCCCUCCCGCAAUGGAAGGACCCAUAGGUAGACCCUUGGAGCCCGGCAGGGGGUGCCUGCCUCAUAUGUAUUUAUUUAUUUGUGA